AUGUGUGCCAGUAUAGUACUAUGUAUUUGGUACCACUUGACCCGUCACUGUAUUGGUCCUGACGACUUACACAACAGGACUCACAAGUCUUAAAUUAGUUUUAGCGUCUCAAAUACCUCCUUCUCUGGCUUCGACCUGCUGCUCAGUCUAAAGCUGCUCUUCAUCCCCCUCUACUCCGCCGUGGUUCUGAUCGCCUGCUCCGGGAACCUCCUGCUCCUCUUCCUCAUCUGGCACAAGAAGAAGAGACACAACACCACAAACUUUCUGAUCAGUAACUUGGCGCUCGUUGACCUGGCGAUGUGCGUCCUCUGCGUCCCUCUGACGGCGUCCUACGCUUUCGACAGGCGUGGAUGGGUGUUUGGAUCCCACAUGUGCUACUUUGUGACCAUCAUGCAGUCCACGGCUGUGUACGCCGCGGUUCUGUCCCUCAUGGCUAUUGCGGUGGACCGGUACAUAGUCGUAGCUUAUCCCAUUCGCAAAAGAGCGGGAUGCCAGUUUUGCUGGUGUCUAGUGAUCCUGAUCUGGUUGUCCUCCCUGGGAUUAUCCACACCUACAGCUGUGCACACCGUCUACCUGGACCUGGAUGCAACCGGUCUGGAGAUGGCCGUGUGUGAGGAGUUCUGGGACGGCCAGGAGCGAGGUCGCCUCAUUUACUCCUGCUUCAUCCUCUUCUUCUCCUACUUUGUUCCUCUGGCCGCUGUCUCCAUUUCCUACUGCGCUAUAUCCUUCCACCUGAAGCAGAGGACCACGUCUGGUUUGACCGCCUGUCCAGAGUUAAAAUGUGCACGGGCCGCCUGGAGCAGACGGAGGAGGAAGACUUUCUGCUUGCUGCUGGUGUCCAUUCUCUGCUUUGCUUUCUCCUGGCUCCCGUUACAGGUGGUGAACCUGAUCCGUGACCUGGACACGGACUUUUCCAUCCUGGGAAAGAAUUACGUGAACGUCAUCCAGGUGUCGGCUCACCUGCUCGCAAUGAGCUCCGCCUGCUACAACCCGUUCAUCUACGCCUCGCUGCACAACAAGUUCUUGUCCUACCUGUGCCUCCACCCGCUGUCCCGGAGGAGACGGAAAGGGAAGGACAGAGGUCAGAGGUCAAGCAUCCUGACAGCGUCCCACAGGAUGCUGCGCCUCCACACGUCCACCAUUGUGGCAGAUGCACCCGGAGUUGUCCUGGAUGACACUGUCCCGCAAGAAAGUUACACCUGA